UGGCGGCCCCGGGCAUGGCGGCGCGGUGCCCGCCGCGGUUCGGGCCGCUGCAGCUGCUGCUGGCGGCAGCGGGGGCGGCGGCGGCGGCGCUGGACGUGUGCGCGGACGCCUGGGUGGCGGCGGGGUACGCGCGGGCCGGGCACCCCGGCUGGGCCGCGCUGGGGCUGACGCUGCUGGCCGCCGCCUCGGCCGCCACCCAGGCCUGCAGCUGGCUCUGGUUCCGCUCCGACCCGGACGCGCUGCGCCCCGAGCUGCCCCGCUGCCUGCUCGCCGCCCUCCACCUCCUCCAGCUCGGCUUCUUCUACAGGUGUCUCCACGCUCUGAAGGUGGGCUGGAAGGUGUGCUGGGCAAAGGCAGCGUCGGAGGAGGAGCAGAACCGCAUGGCCUUUCUCUCCCAUGACAUCAGCAUGCUGCGCCUCUUCGAGACCUUCCUGGAGAACACCCCGCAGCUCACCCUGCUCCUCUAUGUUAUCCUGCGGACGAACAAGGCAGAGCCAUCCCAGGGACUGGGGAUCUGCACUGCCUUCCUGUGUGUGACCUGGUCUCUGCUGGACUAUCACCAGUCCCUGCGCUCCUUCUUGCAGGACAAGUAUGAGCUGAGCCUGGGCUCCUCAGUUGUCUACUUCCUGUGGAACCUCUCCCUCACCUGCCCCCGCAUCCUCGUGGUCGCCCUCUUUGCCCUGCUGUGGCCCUACGGCGUCGCUGUUCACUUCCUGCUUGUGUGGCUGGCGAUGUUCCUCUGGGUCAGCUUGCAGGGCACGGACUUCAUGGGGUCGCCUGGCCCCGAGCAGCUCUACCGGGCCAUUGUGGCUGUGAUCCUGUACUUCAGCUGGUUCAACGUGGCUCCGGGGAGGACACUGUACCGCAGCAUCAUCUAUCAUGGCUUCAUCCUGGUGGACAGCACGCUGCUGGCCCUGUCCUGGCUCUUGUGCCGCUCCCCUUCGGACGAGCACUUGUACCUCAUCCCGGUGGUCUCUGCUGCCCUGCCCUGCUAUCUUCUGGGGCUGCUGCUGAGAGUCAGCUACUACAAGUGGCUGCACCCCAGCGCACAAGCCCAGCAGCAGGGCAGCUAUGAUGAGGUGGAUGCCAACAGGAGGACCGAUGGGCUGGAGUUUCGGACUGUCUUGGAGCCGGACCUUGUGAACAGGAGGAUGCAGUGGCUGGCCCAGCGCCAGUUCGUGGUACCUGUCCUGGCAGAGCAGCACUUGCUGAACGGGGCUGCUGCUGCUGAUGGUGCUGUCUGAGGCCGGGUCUUCCAGCUCCUCAGGAAGGAGUCCUGCCUCGUCAAGGUGGUCUGACUUGCUAGGGAGAUAGGUUUGCUAGUGCUCUUGGUUAUUCCUCUGUGUGCUCCAGGCUGCUGUUUUGGGCAGCUUGGUGCUACGUCCGGGAUGCUGGAGGGGCUGGGCCGAAAGCUGGGGAGAUCUGCGAGUGCCUGGCCAGUCCCACGGCACAAAGCAGGGCUCCCACUGCUGCACUGGAGGAGAGCCACGGUGCUCGGGGCAGAGGCCAGUACAUUGUGAAUGCACUGUGUGUCAACCUCUCUCAUUAUUUAUUAUUAGGCUUUUCAAAAAAACAAACAAAACAACUGUU